UAAUUAAAGUUAGUUAAGUUUCAAGAAGAAAAGAUCCAAACUUUUCUCUCCCUCGCUUCUCCCUCUCUUGGUUUCUUCUCGCUUCUCCCUCGCUUGGUUUAUCCUCGUCUUCCUUCUUCUUCCACAGUAGACAAAAGAUGGCGGGAACUGAAAUGUCAAGGGACGAGUGCGUCAAAUUCCUAAGAGAUAAAGGUUCCGAGUUCGUGGGACUCGACCACCUCGCUGAAGCCCUCUUUUGUUUCAGAAAGUCGCUAACUUUGAGUGAAGAGGGUUUAGGAGAUGAUGCGAUUCUCAGUGCAAGCAUUAAGUUGGUAUCUUGCUUAGUUGCAAAGCUGUACCUUGAGACCGAAAAAGAUAAGAGAACUGUGAUGAUCGAGGAGGGUUUGAUGAUAAUCAACCAGACGAAGAACUUGGGACGCACUUCGGUUGAUUAUGAUUCAGUGGCUAAAAUGUACUGCGCUCUUGGCGACUCUGCUUACAUAAAGGGUGAUGUGGAUCUUUCUUUGAAGAUUUACACCGAAGCUCUAUUGUUUCUGGAAACCGACCCAGUGGCAGACCUAAUGAGUAGGCCAGUACUUACAAAGCACCACGCUUUCAUGAACUUUGCGAUCUCGCUUUGUCUUGAGCAUGCUAGUAUGUACGCCGAAGCACAGAAACACUGCCAGACCUCUGUCGCCAAGUCUGGCGUUUUGCUGAAUAUGAAAGAUACUGCUGAGGAGAUUAAACUCUUGUACCUUGGUGGACUUGAGAAAAUGGAGGUGGCUGAAGUGGAAGGGUGCG